UGGGUGGGUUGGCGCUGCUCUGUCUGCGAGCGGCGCGGCAGCGCUUGGCCCCGCCAGGCCGCCGUCGGGGGCGGGCCCGCGGCGCAGCCAUGGCGGCGCCCAUCGUGCCGGAGAGCGACAGCAUCCGCAGGGCCGUGUCACUGCUCAACGCCGUGGACCCGGGCCGGUUUCCGCGGCUCCUCUCCCGCCUUCUCCAGAAGCUGCAUCUGAAGGCUGAAAGUACCUUCAGUGAAGAGGAGGAAGAAAAACUUCAAAUAGCUUUUUCACUGGAAAAACAGGAUCUUCAUCUGGUUCUUGAAACUAUAUCAUUCAUUUUGGAACAGGCAGUCUAUCACAGUUUGAAGCCUGCUUCAUUGCAACAGCAGCUACAAAGUAUUCACCUGGAUCAAGACAAAGCAGAAGCAUUUGCCAGUGCAUGGGCGACUGCAGGUCAAGAUAUGAUUGAAAAGUUCAGGCAGAGGGUUUUGACCCCUCAGAAGCUUGAAACAAUUGGAUGGCAGCUUAAUCUUCAAAUGGCAGAGUCCAUGCAAGCAAAGCUGAAGUCUCCUCAAGCUGUGCUAGAGCUGGGAGUGAGCAAUGAAGAUUCAAAGAACCUGAAGAAAGUGUUUGUAGAAUUUAGCCAUCAGGAGCUAUUUGAGUUCUACAACAAGCUGGAAACUGUACAAGCACAGCUGGAUUCCCUUACGUGAUGUUUUUGAAGACUUAUUUCUCUACCAUGCUCCUGCCACCUCAUUAUUUUGAAUUGAAGAUAGAUUGCCAAGCUGUGCUUCCUGAAGGAUUCAGUGGAUUGCUUCUUCUAAAAUUAUAUGGCUUAUCUGCUUUUAGACCAGUACAAUUAGCCAAGAGUCUUUGUCAAGGAUCUGAAGAUUGUAAUGGACUUUUUCUUCUUUUUUAGCAGUUAUGAAAAAUGUCUUCUUUACUUGCAGUGGUGAAACACCCUGUCCACCCCCUCCUCCUAAAAAAGAAUGCUACCCUGCUUCAUAUAUUUUUUUUUCAGCCUAUUAUGCAUGUUACUUGAUUCUGGUAGAAAUUUGCACGUUAGUGACAGACCAGGAAAAAAAACCCCUUUUUUGUAGGCAUAAAUGUAGAAGUUGUAAGAAAACACACAGCUAAUAGAAUCUCUAUAAUUUUUUAAUAUUAUUCACACAAUUGAUAAUGCUUCUUGCAGAUUUGUCAAAAUAAAUUCAGAAUUUUAAAAGUUUA